CGAGGUUCCUUGCACGCCUGAAUGAUUGCAUCCUUCAUUUUCAUAGCGCCUCUUACAAACUGAACCAUCACUCAUUUGAGUCAUGACUCCUUCUGUUCAACACUGGCCGGGGGGAAUUCCUAGUUCCAUUAAGCCACAUCCAGAAACGGAUUUAUCUCUGGACCAGCUCAAAGAGGAAGUCAAGGGCUGGCUGCUCUUUGUACAGGAAACUUGGGUUCCUGCAGCUAACACUGCUACUUCCAACGACGGACAAUAUGAGCUGCAUCAGCGGCGCUACCUUAUUGAACAAUGGGCAUCGGCCACACAGGAUUUUCGUGAUUCAUACCAAUCGCGUGCACCUAUGCCUGAAGGCCUUCAGUAUUCAGCCGAAGUAUUGGCGCAUAUCCACGACACUCUUCAGCCAUGCGAUAUUAAUGGCCUGAUUUCCAUCGCCCCUGUCGACGAGGCCCAUACUGCUAAUCGGGCGCGAUGGAUCAAAUUCGUAAUUCUGUUGUAUAACUAUGAUAUCGAAGCCGGACACUGUCUCUUCGAUAAUUACAUACCCUCAGAGGCCAUCUUGAAUCCAGAAACCACCACCAAUCCUUCGAUAGAGGAUUUUGCAUCCUGGCAGGAUUUGGAGACCGCAAACUUCAUCAGUAUCUAUCUCACACAUACUGGUAAUGUACUCAACUGCGGGUAUACAGGCCCAUAUAUGCUGGUUGAUGAAGAGGGUCUGAGAACUGGUCGGUUGGCACUGGUCGAGUAUGAAAUCAAUGGGACUGUGAAGGAUGCUCUUCAUAUCCGCCCGUUCAAAAUGCGAAUGCCACACAUAUACGCUUCGACGCUUGGGAAGGGUCUGGAUGAGAUCCGUCAUGUUCGGGGUGGCUAUAGACACCAAAAUCUGCCGUGAGUAUUCUUGGGUCUUAUCUAUGUAGACUAAUGGGGCUAAUACAAAAUAUCAGACUUGACAUGGACCUACCGAUCAUUGAUAUUCUACAUCAAGCUAAGGUUUCGGGCCAACUACCAAGCACGAUGGACUUGUCUUACCGAGAGCAAUGGAUGGAGGAUAUCGAGCUUUAUGCUCCGGGCUAUCUGGCCCUCGAGGCUGAAGGGCGUGCGGGAGAGUGAGUAUUCGCUACAACAUCUCCGUAGACCAAGCUCCGUCGAGGGAACCAAAAAAACGAUUUGGAAAAGGCUGGAGGCCGACCCGAAUCUCUUUGCCCCCAAUUUUCGAUUCCUAGGCUAGUUUCAAAUGUAUCAUUAUCAUCAUGAUACCUUUUGAAAACGAUGUUCUAGACUGUUCCAUAUGUUCAUAGUUCUCUUCACUAGUACAUGCAGAAGAGUUGAAUAGAAGAACGAGA